GUCACGGUGCUGCAGAUAACUUACAACUUGAACUUGAAUCAUAUACAUCGCUAUGGCUCACCAACACGCAGGUCACGACAUGCCCGGCCACGAUAUGCCAGGUCACGAUAUGCCAGGUAUGGGCCCCAAGUGCUCCAUGAGCAUGCUCUGGAACACCAAUAUCAUCGACACCUGUAUUGUUUUUCCCCAAUGGCACAUAAGCUCUCACACCGGCUUCGUCCUGUCCUGUCUCGUCAUCGUCGGUCUUGGAGUUCUUUACGAAUACCUUCGUGUCUUCCAGCGUCAGGUCGACAGGCGGAUCGCUCUAUCGUUAGGAAAGGGAAAGAGUCGUGCUCGUUCAAGUAGUGGGCGCAACUCUCCAACCAAUGCCAGCGACUUCGAAGAGGCUGCCUUACUGACUGGACGCCGAACUCUGAAGCCUAGUAAAAUAGGAACCCCUGUACCUCCUUUUGCUCGAGCGCUACGUGCAAGCCUGUACGGCGUAUCAGUAUUCUUGUCAUUCUUCCUCAUGCUGGUAUUCAUGACAUACAACGCAUACCUCAUCCUGGCCGUUGUGGUCGGCGCAGUAAUCGGGCACUUCAUCUUCGGAAGCCAUGUUGACUUCGACAACCUCGAUACCGCGAAGAAUGGCAUGUUUUGUCACUAAUUUUUUUGCUAUCUCCCUCGUGUUUUCUUCAUUCUUGCAAUCUGACAGCAAUCUUUUGGGUCUUGGUUAUACCUACCAUGUACAGUAAGCAUAUUUAUGCAAGUAGACUGUUGUGAAUACACUGUUUGUAGCUUAUC